AUCCCGGAUCCUCCGACCUCAAAAAGAGCAGCUUCGGCCUGGAAGAUGGACCUGGAUGAGGAGGAGCAGCAGCAGCUGCUUGCCAAGCCAGCCUUGGAGUUGGAGGGAAUCCGCUUUCUCCAGGAAACUGUGGGCUGGCUGCUUUCCAAUUAUGGCUGGUAUCUUCUUUUCAGCUUCAUUAUUCUCUACGUGAUCUUUCAAAAGCUUUUUGGUAAAUUCAGAGUCAUGAGACAGAGAGCCUUGGAAGCAUCAGUUGCAUCCAGUAUAGAACCUGAUACUGUAGUUAAACAACAGGAAGCUUUAGCAGCUUCGCGUUUGAGAAUGCAAGAAGAAUUAAAUACACAAGCUGAAAAGUAUAAAGAAAAAUUAAAGCAGGAAUUUAGGUUUUACCACUCAGCCACAGGAAUGGAGAAGCAAGGAGAAAAUGUUGAGGCAGAGGGAAAGCUUGAAGAGGAGAAAAGAAAACAGAAGAUAGAGAUGUGGGAAAGCAUGCAAGAAGGAAAAAGCUAUAAAGGAAAGGCUAAAAAGUGGCCACAGCAAGAACCUGAACCUGGUCCUUCCACUUCUUCAAAUAUUCCAAAGCCUAAACCUGACAGAAAGUCUUUGCGGGGAAGUGGUUAUAACCCUUUGACUGGAGAAGGAAGUGGAACCUGUUCAUGGAGACCAGGACGUAGAGGACCCUCAUCUGGUGGAUGAGGUUAAGAAUCUUGCUUGUGUCUCUUGACAUUAGCAAGAUAAAUUUAGCCUACUAUUCAGCUGCCUAGCGUAUGCUUUUCACAGUGACUACUUAAAGGGAAAUGGUGUUUAGUUCAGUUAUUAUAAAUGUAGAUUCAUUUAAAGAUUGGAGGCAAUAAAAAUUAUAAAUAAUGCCAAUAGAAUAUGAUUUAGGGAGUGUCAUACAUGGCAUUAUUUUAGUUUAACAUAUUUUAAAAAUUAUUUUAAAUCAUUUCUUGUUGGCUGAUCACAGCUGGAAUUUAAAGUCUUCCAGAUGGUAAUUCAUAAUCUUUAUAGAAAGGCCUCAUCAUGAUAUUUUAAUCAUUUGAAUGUUCCUGACUAUAGAUGAGUCUCUGUGACAGGCUGCGCAGAAUGAUGUCUUCCUUAUAAAUGGUGAGCUCACCAGUGAGGAUUACUGAUGAUAGAUAGUUGUUGGUGUUUUUUUCUAUGUAUUCAUUUUUAUGCAAAGAGCUUUGUAAAAUACUGUAAAUAUUAAAAAUGCAACAAGCCUU